GUCUUGUGAAUAGACGAGUAGAAACAGUUAUAGAAAUUUAUAGAGGUUGAAAAUCCAAUAAGGAAAAAUGGCGAUGCUGUCGGGGCUGUUUUUGGCGCCGACAAAACGUGAAAAGUUGCUGGCUCGAUUCUUUCGUCUAAUUCUUUCUCCACUCCAGCAGCGAGAUUCGACCACGUGGAACGAACAUGAUUUAGUGUUGGAAAUGACUCAAAGGAGGAUUAUUUACCUUUGCAUGCUGUGGUUUUCUACAUCAUUCUUCAUAUUCACUGGUGUGCAAGGUAUACAUGUUCUUUUUUCUACACAACAGUCUUGGGCUCAUCAUGGAUGCAGUGUUGGAAAAAAAAGACGAUGUUGUACCCACCAUCAAAGUCGCUCAACUCUGGUCCCACAUGCUCGACCUUUGUGUUACACAUUUUCAAAGAAGUUGCUGUUUCCUCAAUAUAACCGGCAGAGCAUUUUAACUAGCUCUAGAGUCCCUCUAACUAGAAAGCCAAUCAAUGUGCUAUAUAGUGAUCUGCAGCUCUUCAUCAUCCUGAAAAAUAGAACCCAAAUCCAUUGUCUCAAGAGAGACCACUGGUAAAAGGAGGAAAGAUUGAAAGAUAAUGGGGGCUUGUGCUUUGCCUGAUGUUGUCUACGGGAGGCGUGCAUAUCUGAACGAGCAGAUCGUGAAGGACUCGGCCACCAUCUCAAUAAAAUA